AUGUCAAACCUUGUCAAACUUGAAUUCGUGGCCCUUGAUAUCACUGGAAAGAACUAUUUAUCAUGGGUGUUAGAUGCUGAAAUACACCUAGAUGCUAAAGGCCUUGGUGAAACCAUUAAGGAGGGUAAUAAAGCAACACUCCAAGAUAAGGCAAAGGCCAUGAUAUUCCUUCGCCAUCACCUCCAUGAAGGACUCAAAAAUGAAUAUUUAACUGUGAAAGACCCACAAAUCCUUUGGAGUAAUCUAAAGGAAAGGUAUGACCACCAAAAAACGGUGAUACUAACUAGAGCUCGUUAUGAUUGGUUGAAUUUGAGAUUGCAAGAUUUUAAAUCUGUUAGUGAAUAUAACUUAGCUAUGGUUAAAAUCACUUCUAAGUUGCAAUUAUGUGGAGAAAAUAUUACUGAUUCAGAAAUGCUUGAAAAGACAUACUCCACUUUCCAUGCAAAUAAUAUUGUCCUGCAGACACAAUAUAGAGAAAAAGGUUUUAAAAAAUAUUCUGAAUUAAUAUCUUGUCUUCUUGUGGCUGAGCAAAAUAACGAGCUUUAA